UAAUCUUUUACCUCAGCUCUAAAGAAUGUAAUUACGUUGAUCUCAAUUUUAGGGUAACUGUAUGCAGGUAAUAAUUACACAACCUUUCACACACAGCACUGCAGUGAGUUUGGUUUUCUUCACCCUCACUCGACUUGGAAGCAGAAUAAACUGGUUAAGUUUGGUUAAAUCUGAACUUUCUGUGAUUAAAGUCGGACCUCUGUUUACAAAACAGUUCAGAAACCAACCAUUACUGGAAUGUCGCAUCACCAACAGCAAGAAAACAACAUUUUAAGACAGGUUUUGUUUUUUUCCUUAUUUAAGAUUCUGUAAAUUGAUUUUCUUCCAUGAUAUGCCAGCUUUGCAUUGGCCGGCAACGAGGCUUUUUCAUUGCUGAACUAAUGCUCAACAGAAAACGUCCGGUCCUUUACAAUGGAACGAGCAGCUGUCUGGAUUGCUGUGGAAUGCAUUUGUAGAAUCCUUGGCAUUUCUACAGCAGCAGUUCUUCUGGGAGUAGGAAUAGAAACCGUCCUUCAGGGAGAAUUCAAAAGUCUUGGUGUCUAUCUUCUUAUUUCAGCAGCUGGCAUUAGUGUUUUUGAACUAUCCUAUUUCAUUGACUUACUGCUGGGGCCAUUUUUCCCCUGCAAGUCUGACUCCACACUAUCUAUCCGAUGGAAAAAAAAAAAAACAGCUAGACUGGGUGGCUUUCAAAAGUUUUUAGCCUACACACUGAUGUCUGUUGUGUGUUUUCUGCACCCAGUCCUGGUGUGGCAUGCUACUAUUCCAGGAACCAUGCUUGUUACCACUGGCUUUUCCUACUUCAUAAUAAGUAAGAAGAAAAAGACAAAGCUGUCCAAAGACCCAGCCAGCCAAUCUGAGCGCUAUGCAGACCCUUCUGCUACGUUGGUGGAUGUGACAGAAACAGGGGAUACAGAGCAAACGUACAGCUUCAACAGUCCUGUUAAAAAACAGAAGACAACUCCCUUAGCAUCCCUUCAGAGCAUACUGAAAAGCAAACUGUCAAAAGACAUUGAGUCGUCUGUGAUUCACCCAAGCUUUCCUGAGAAUAAACCACCGAUAAACAUGGGCAGGAAAAGACAGGUAUAUAUUCAAGAGAAUGCAGUAACAAUGAUUCCAGCUGAGCCUGAAAGCCUGUAUAAUCAUGACCUGGGUUUAGAGGAAAAUACUUCAGACAUGACUCCCAUCAUCAGACCAUAAUAUUCGUGGUUCUUUUGGCAUUGCUUUAUAUAUUCACUGGAGGUAAUGUAUACCAUUAAGCACAUAUCAAAUAUAUUCUGUACAUGCUACUGUACGUAGUCAGUGAGUCACUUCCUAAACACAUUAACAAUGUAAUAGUUUAACAUUUUAGUGUUCAAACUGAAAGCUCCAGAAAAACAAAACAUAUUUUAACCUCCAGCCGUACUAAUCAAGUUAUAAUUUACGGCUAGGACAUUUGUGCAAGAUAUAAGAGAUUUCAAUGAAUUUACCCAGGAACUGUUUAAACAAAAGACUAGUGAGGCUAGAAAAAACAGAACUCCACAAUAGCAUUGAAUAUACCAGCUGCAAGUCAUAAGGGAGCAUCUGGACACACAUGUACCAGUGGUGCCAAACAAUCUGUGUAUUAAAUCAGAUCCUGUUUUAUCAUGAAUGAUCCUGUUUGCAGUUAAAUCAAAGAAUAAGCAACAAACAACACCUGGGUCUUUCACUAUUUGUAGAGCACACUGAAUUACAUAAAGAAAAUGAUCACUUUGUAUCAUUGCUAUACCUCCUGAUUCUGUUUAGUCUAUUUUACUGCACCAAUCAGAAAUCUGUGGUGUAGUCAUUUUUUGCAGACAAAAUGGAAUAUGAUAAUGUUUAUUGUGCCAAUUUUAUGUAAGAAACAAAGGUGAAAGGAUUUACUGUGUCCAUAACUAUUAAACGCUGUGAUCAAACAGUGCUGAAUGACUUAAUACAGUAUUAUUACAAGUUGCAUUUUAGCCAAUAAAAAAAGUUUCAUGUUUUCAUUUUUUAUUAUUCAUUUUUUUUGUAUAGCUAACCAUUUUAAUUAAUCUCAAUGCUGUAUGUCGCCAAAUAUUGUUACCCCUCACUAGUUUUCUUAGUGUUUGGUCAUGUCAGUACACAUAGAGUAUAUUUCUCUAGUUUACUGUAUGUUCCCAAGAUACAAACACAUGUGAUUUUCGUUUUAUCUGUUGAAAAAGGCUAUCUUUGUUUCCAAAUAAAUAAAGGCUCAACCAAAGUUAUUAAUUCAAAAGAGAGAGGAGACUGUGACUAAUAUCACUCAUGUCUGGGGUUUCUUUGGAAAGAAAGGCCAGCAUUUAUACA